UAUCCUGUGAAGUCGUCUCGCUGACUGCUGCUAAUUAUCCACAUCACAAAGGAUUGAAAUAAGAUUUUUUAAAUAAAAAUAUGCAUUCUAUAUUGCAUUUUAGUAUACUGUAAGUGUCGGUUGUUGUGAUGCACAAUGACUCCAAACGCAGCAUCUGGAGGAAACAGUGUAUUUGAAGCGGUUCAAAUGGGAGACAUUGAACAGGUAGUUCAGCUGAUUCAACAUGACCGGACGCUCUUAAAACAAAAAGGCUGGUGUGGCUUUACUGCCCUUCAUUUUGCUGCUCUCCAUGGAAACCGGCCAGUAUCGGAACUGCUCCUAAGCAGCGGAGCUGACCCCAACGUGCCUUGUGAUGCAGGGCAAACCCCCUUUCACUUUGCCUGCAGACAUGGUAACAUCAGCGUCAUGCACAAAAUGAUGCAGCAUGGUGCAGACUUGCGCGUUGUGGAUCAUCAGGGGAAAACAGCACUGCAUCAUGCAGUUAGUGGGGGAAGCAUUGUUGCCAUGCAGUACCUCGAUGAGACCAAGAUGUUCCGCUUCUCAGAUGCUGAUAACUUCCUGAUCACUCCACUUCACAUGGCAGCUUCCACAGGGAACACGGAUGUGGUCAGGUACCUUCUACGAGAAAAUAGAUGUGCAGUAGAUGCAGUGGACCAUCAGGGGGCAACAGCACUGCAUGUGGCUGCAGAGAAAGGCGUGGUUGAGGUGUGCUGGCUACUACUGCAGAGUGCAGGAUUCCGCAUUUUACAGAUGAAAAACCACACUGGACUCACACCUCUGGACCUCUGUAGCCACGGAACUACUUUUAGACAUAAGCAGCUCACCAGAAUUUUGACCCAAUUAAUUAAUAAACCAAAGGACCAAAAACCCAAGGAAUCAUAUGUGAUAUACUACUGGACCCUUGUGUUACCCAGUCUGAGUGGGGCAGCAGUGCUACUUAUAGCAGCAGCCCUGGGAGAGUAUGGAGGAGUGUUCUGUGGACUGGUCUUUCCCUGGGUAGCAAAAGUCACCUUGUCUCAGUACCACAGAAUAAGCAGCUAUCAAAGGUUACCAAAUCCUAUCUAUCUCGGAACCUUGAUUGCAGGCAUAAUGCAUUCCUUAGUCUGCUUUUACUGUAAAAUUCUGCCUAAUAUUUGGCCAGCUCAUGCUCUCUUACAGGUUUCAGUACUCCAUUUCUCUGUGGUUCUUCUGCUUUUGUGGAAGGUUCUAACACAGGAUCCAGGAAGACUCAAAGUAUCUGAUGCAGACCCCAGAUUCUCCAGCAUAGCAGACCUAGUAGAAGCAAAACAGAAUCCCAGUCAGUUCUGCAUUCACUGUGAGCUGUUCCAAGUGGACAAGUGCAAGCACUGUCGCCUGUGUGACUACUGUGUCAUGGAUUACGACCAUCAUUGCCUCUUCCUGAACCGCUGCAUAGGCCGGGCAAACCACCGUGCCUUUGUGCUCUUCAUCCUGGCCAUGCUCAUCGGCCACCUCCUCUUCAUCAGCACAUCUGGACAUUACCUAUACGGGAGGCUGGCCAUGGAGGAGCAAACAAGCUGGACAUCAGCAGCAGGGAGGGAGGCGUGGGUACUACUGCUCCUCCUUCUUAACAUGCUAACACUCCUCUGGGAGGUGUGGCUGCUCAGUGAGCAGUUUGAGGCUAUUUCCACUGGAACCACCACGUAUUUUAGGCAGUGUCAUCGUAAGCAGCCUUCCUGGAGCAAGCGUUUGGCCACGUUUCUCACUUUUCUGAUUGAAGGAAAGAGUGGUCAGCAGCACAACUAUGUUGUCAUUUAGAAAUGAAGGACUCA